UCCUCACACUUCAGAGAAGCUGGUGUUGGUUGGAGAACAGCCAGACUCCAUCCCUGGUUCUGAUCAACUCAAAGUUUCCAAUGUUUGGAACCUGACAUAAGGAGUUUCACAAUUUGUUGGUAACUGCCAGAGCAGUUGGUGAGACAUGCUGAUGGACAAAGAAUGAUGCUAUGAUCUUGCUGAGUACCCUGGUGAUGGUGACAGUGAAGCUGUAUUGAGCAUGUGUUCCUGACUCACUUUUGCUACAUCCUUCUGUAUGGUUAUGACCAGAAGUACUUGUGACCUCUAGUAAUACUCAACUGUUAGAUUCCCUUGGUCUGAGAGUAUAAAAACCAUCCCAAUUCAAUCAUGGACUCAUCUGGAAAUCAAUCCAAUAUUUGAUAAAAGGAAAUGACAGUGGGCCUUUGGAGGGCUGAUUCUGGACGUUUUCAGAGACAUAUGUGGAAACUGGCAGCUGCUUUGUAUGAUGUUAUGUUUGCUCUGGAGAAAAUGAAACAGGUUCUGGAGUUAAGGGUUCAUCCUUCUCUGCUGAAAGACUUUCUUAUACUAUUACUUGUGGCCUGCAGUGAGCUGUCAGAUCAAAUUGGACAUUAAUCUGCAAUAGAACCUUACUCUUUAUCAAACUACCCUGGAUGUCUGUACUUAUAAGUACUUUGAUAACUGUGUAAUAAUCUCAGUUAAGAUCAGUGCCCACAAAGGAAAGAUCUAGAUGUUAUUUUAUAAAACGGAAGUUGAUUUGAAGCUGUCACUUGGAACUCGCAUAGGCUAAAGUCUACACAUGAGCCUUUAAAUUCCAAAAGCAUCGUGUGUGAGUAGAAAUCGAUUUGCAAAGCCAAGGGCAGUUCUGGUAUACGUGUGCCAACAGGAUCCAUUUCAAACCAUCAAUUCCUUCUGCCAAGACUGUGAAAUGGCACCAGAGAGACUCUGUGGCAGGCAGUAGGCAGUGUGUGGAGGUACUAGAUCAAACUUGCAAGUUUUGCCCCUUCAACUUGCAAUUCCCGAUUGGAGACAAUCUGACAGGAUACCUUCAGGAUGCCACCCAAAAAAGUGCAAAUCCAAGUGGAGGAGAAAGAAGAUGAUACAGAGGAGAGCUCAAGUGAAGAAGAAGAAGAUAAACUACCUAGAAGAGAGAGCUUGAGACCAAAGAGGAAACGGACCAGAGAUGUCAUCAAUGAGGAUGAUCCAGAACCAGAACCGGAGGAUGAAGAAACGAGAAAGGCAAGAGAGAAAGAAAGGCGGAGGAGGCUGAGGAGAGGAGCGGAAGAAGAAGAAGAAAUUGAUGAAGAGGAAUUAGAACGAUUAAAAGCACUGCUGGAUGAGAAUAGGCAAAUGAUUGCUACUGUCAAAUGUAAACCUUGGAAAAUGGAGAAGAAAAUUGAAGUUCUCAAGGAAGCGAAGAAAUUUGUGAGUGAGAAUGAAGGAGCUCUUGGGAAAGGAAAGGGGAAGAAGUGGUUUGCAUUUAAGAUGAUGAUGGCCAAGAAAUGGGCAAAAUUCCUCCGUGAUUUUGAGAACUUCAAAGCGGCUUGUGUCCCAUGGGAAAACAAAAUCAAGGCAAUUGAAAGUCAGUUUGGUUCCUCAGUGGCCUCAUACUUCCUGUUCCUGAGGUGGAUGUAUGGCGUCAACAUGGUUCUCUUUAUAUUGACCUUCAGCCUCAUCAUGUUACCAGAGUACCUCUGGGGUUUACCAUAUGGCAGCUUACCUCGGAAAACAGUCCCGAGAGCUGAAGAAGCCUCCGCAGCCAACUUUGGUGUGUUGUAUGACUUCAAUGGCCUGGCACAGUACUCUGUCCUCUUUUAUGGCUAUUACGACAAUAAACGCACGAUUGGAUGGCUGAACUUCCGGCUACCUCUUUCUUACUUCCUGGUGGGGAUUAUGUGCAUUGGAUACAGCUUUCUAGUUGUCCUCAAAGCGAUGACCAAAAAUAUCGGUGACGAUGGCGGUGGCGAUGACAACACUUUCAACUUCAGCUGGAAGGUGUUCUGUAGCUGGGACUAUCUGAUUGGUAAUCCUGAAACAGCCGACAACAAAUUUAACUCUAUCACGAUGAACUUUAAGGAAGCCAUCAUAGAAGAGAGAGCAGCCCAGGUGGAGGAGAAUAUCCACCUCAUCAGAUUCCUGAGGUUCCUUGCUAACUUCUUCGUGUUCCUAACACUCGGUGCAAGCGGAUACCUCAUCUUCUGGGCUGUGAAGCGAUCCCAGGAGUUUGCCCAGCAAGAUCCUGACACCCUUGGGUGGUGGGAAAAAAAUGAAAUGAACAUGGUUAUGUCCCUCCUGGGGAUGUUCUGUCCCACACUGUUUGACUUAUUUGCUGAACUGGAAGAUUACCACCCUCUCAUUGCUCUGAAGUGGCUCCUGGGGCGCAUUUUUGCUCUUCUUCUAGGCAACUUGUACGUAUUCAUUCUUGCCUUGAUGGAUGAGAUAAACAAUAAGAUUGAAGAGGAGAAGCUCGUGAAGGCCAAUAUUACCCUGUGGGAAGCCAACAUGAUUAAAGCUUACAAUGAAUCUCUCUCUGGGAACACCACAGGACCACCCUUUUUCGUUCAUCCUGCAGAUGUACCUCGAGGUCCCUGCUGGGAAACAAUGGUGGGGCAGGAAUUCGUGCGUCUCACCGUUUCCGACGUCCUGACCACUUAUGUCACGAUCCUCAUUGGUGACUUCCUCAGAGCGUGCUUCGUGAGGUUCUGCAAUUACUGCUGGUGCUGGGAUUUAGAAUAUGGAUAUCCUUCAUACACAGAAUUCGACAUCAGCGGCAACGUCCUCGCUCUGAUCUUCAACCAAGGCAUGAUCUGGAUGGGAUCCUUCUUUGCUCCUAGCCUCCCAGGCAUCAACAUCCUCCGACUCCACACAUCCAUGUAUUUCCAGUGCUGGGCUGUGAUGUGCUGCAAUGUUCCUGAGGCCAGGGUCUUCAAAGCUUCCAGAUCCAACAACUUCUACCUUGGCAUGCUGCUCCUCAUCCUCUUCCUGUCCACCAUGCCCGUCCUGUACAUGAUUGUCUCCCUCCCACCAUCUUUUGAUUGCGGGCCCUUCAGUGGUAAAAACAGGAUGUUUGAAGUCAUUGGUGAGACCCUGGAACACGAUUUCCCAAGCUGGAUGGCGAAGAUCCUGAGGCAGCUUUCUAACCCCGGCCUUGUCAUUGCUGUCAUCUUGGUGAUGGUUUUGACCAUCUAUUAUCUCAAUGCUACUGCCAAGGGCCAGAAAGCAGCGAAUCUGGAUCUCAAAAAGAAGAUGAAACAGCAAGCUUUGGAGAACAAAAUGCGAAACAAGAAGAUGGCAGCGGCUCGAGCAGCUGCAGCUGCUGGUGGCCAGUAACUUUCUCAAAUGUCCUGGAGGUUCGCAGAAGUACUCUUCACUUCCAUCUAUGUAUUGACAGAGCUAGGGCCAGUAAAGUGCUGCUCCAUGCUCUACCACCGAUGGCUCAUCACGACCACAGCCAUGACCAUCUAUCAAGGAACCACCAGCCCUCUUGGAGUGAGAAGCCUCUCACUCUCACGAUAACAUGCAUUUUUCUAGAUUCUGACACUUUCUCACUUCCCUGUCAUGUUCUCAAACAAAUGGAGUUUAAAUGCAGGUGUGACAUAGUAAUACAAAUUACUGGCUAUGAUCCAUAGGGCAUUUUAAAAAAGUCAACAUCUCAUCAUGUGGACUUUUCCUUACACACUGGUUUAGUUUCUUAAGUCGCAAGGAGAGCUAUUACAACAUCUUUUCCCCUCUAAAUUUGGAAUUAUCUGCAUGAAGCAUUCGUUGUGAUCAUUGA